AUGAGUGACGUCACCGCGUCACUCGACCUUCAUAUACGGGCGCGCGACCGCCAUCGAUCCAACUCUCUACGCGCAUUCUUCUCUUCACGACCACUUCCACUUUCUUACGACCACCUGCAUCAUCUACAACAUGGUUCGCCCCUGACGAAGGUUGUCUACCAGCCCGAGCGCGAGGCUACCAACGAAUAUGUCAUCCUGGUCAACCCCGACGAGUACCGCAAGUGGAAAGAAGGAGGUACGCAUUUUUCGGUUCGCCUCUUUGAAUGCACGAUUCCUCUGGUCGAUGUGGUAGACUCCUUCCAGGUGCUGUGGUCCAACCAAGGAAACCAGGGCAAGCUCUCCACGCCGUCACGACAGCAGCUCGAGAACGACUUUGGCACGCACGUAGACACGGACGUCGUGCAGCAGAUUCUGGAGAAGGGCAGGGAGCAGACUGGGAAGGCCGUCUCGUCCGGCACGGCGACGACGAACCAGUCGAAGGGCUCGUUCGCGAUCGACACGCGGGGCAAGAGUGGCAUCCAGGCGGGUAGCGGUAGCGGGCGGUGA